UCGAUAAUAGCAAAUGGUCGUUUAAUAACAGAUGAUUGAACGCGUUCGACGGCGCGGCCUAGCAUUUAUCUGUCAAAAGUGGUGACGGCCGGGCCGAUCGGCGAUGAGCCGGUUCACGGUCGCCUGUUGAUCAUCCAGCUCGCGAAUCGACCGCAGUGCUCAUCGAGUCGAGCACGCACUCCCGGCGAGAGACGCGUUGUUGUCCAGCUUCUCCUCGCUACGGCUCAACUGUACGUGCUUUUUCUCUCCUUUCCCUCUCUCUCUUUCUCUCUUUCUCUCUCCCCCUUUCUGCGUGUGUGUCUUUCUCUCUUCCUCUCUCUGUAUCUCCAUCCUCUCUUUCUCUUCACUGAAGCGGCGUAAACGCGACUACCGCGAGAAGUAAGUGCUCUGUCGAGAACGGACCGGCCGACUUGUUUAUUAUGUGAUCGUGAACUGUACGCGAGCAGGAUCGCCAAGAAGGGUCGGAAGGAAGGAAGGAAGGAAGGAAGGAAGAAAGGCAGGAAGGACAGGCAGGAAAAUGCGAGACGUUCGGGUCAAUGUGUUUUGCAAUCUCAUCGUGGCGGUUCUUUUUCUAGCGCCGUUCAGUCAUGCAGUGGAGAAUCAGGCGAGACGGUGCGACGUGACCAAGGCAGAGGAGCAAUGCGGUCACAACGAAAGAUGCGUUCAGCAAUUGGUGAACGAGGAGGCAAGGUGCGAGUGUCAGAGAGAUUACGUUCUGGUGGAUGGCCAGUGUCUCCACCGCAAAACAGCCAUGUUCGUAACGACCACCGCUCAGCCAGAGUCUGGAGGUGGUUCCGUAGCGGCCGGUUUGUUAAUACCGACUUUCCUCAUAGUGGUCGGGGUUCUCCUGUAUCUGGGCGCGAGGCGGUACAAAUGGCUGCAACGAUUCCGGCUGUUCCGCCCGAAUCGUCACGGCGACAUUCUGAUCACGAGGGACGACGACGACGACGACGACCCGCCGAUAGGGUAAGGCGGUGCGCGCCGCGGGUCAACGAUUAGCGACGCGCGUACCGUUCCUACGAGCCGCGCGCUCCUUUUUCGCGAUCGCGAGUCACGAGUCACACCGCCCGGGGACGCUCAGUUACACGACGCGGAAUUUAAAGCGGCAAGCUUUGAGACACGCAUUACGAGCCAAUCGAUCCACGCAAAUUCAUUAUCUGUUCGUAACUGAUUCUUCUUUUUAUCUGAAUGAAAUCUGACUUUCUUUCGGGGUAGGGGGUGAAACUGUAAAAUCGUUUCUCGACGAUGAUUGAAGCGAAGAUUCUAUUCCGCUAACUGCUGGACUCGUCACGAGCGCGCGUGAAAGUCCCCUCGAAGCUUGUUCACGCUUAGGGAACAAUGUUGUGUAACUUUGUAUACAUAUCGAGCAGGAGUUUAGGUAGGAAGGUACGUACAAGAGAAUGAAUGCAUCGUCGAACUGAAUUAAGAGGCUAAUUGUAAAGGGGUGUUAGUGUAAGUAGACGUGUUUUUGUGCCGAUCUAUGAACGUUCCGGUUUCUUUUAUCGAUUGACGACUUUCGAUGACUUUAUUGGUUUAAAUUAUGUUUGUUUUAGUCGUAAGGUGUACUCGAUUUGGAUUUUAACGGAUAUAUUUUUUUUAGAAAUUAUGACGCGUCGUUUUCGUAGCGGUUUUUUCAUGUAUUCUAUGUAGAGGCACGUUCAUUAGUACGCUGACUAUUUCUGACACGCAAACUGUUCGUUUCGACAAGUUGUUCGCAUAAAGGUGCUACUACUUACACGAUCGCUGACUCACCGUUUACACAAGAAUGGUUGUAAGGGACUUUUGGGGAUAACCGACUGCGUUUUUCGAUAGCUUUUUAAAGUUAAGGACCUACGGGAAACAUAAUUUUUUACGGUAAUAUUAAGAAGCUGGUCAGUAAAUUUUAAACGCGUUAUUAAUAUACGUUGCAUAGAACGCGGUGAUUGCCGGCGAACUGUACGCAACCGUGCGCAAACAUUUAGGCGGAUUUCAUUGAAACAGAGAUAAUACGUAAUGCGCUCUUGUAAAGGAUUGUAAUUCCGAUUUCACGAGGGGACUCGUGCCGCGCGCGACGCCAUUGGAUAUUCCCCGACGAUCGCGGACGAGCCCGAUAUUUUUUUAAACGCACGCUAAUUAAUUCCUAUUAGUGUACCUCUUAAAAUAUGCAUUUGGCGAGCUCAGACGGCGCUGGGAAUAUCCAAGAAUGUCGCGCGAGUGUAGUUUCCUCGUUCUUUCCGAAUGUCUUGCUGUUUUGAGGAUAACUCCCAGAAUGGUGUGCUGACGUCACUUGGUCAACGAAAUUUCAGAAUUUAAAUUAUCAUCUUGCGAAACUAAAUUGUAUCAUUUCAAACCGGAAUCGUUCUUUCGAUCCACUGGAAAAAGAAGGAACGUUCCAGAUCAUUCUCUUGAUAUCGCUGUUAAAAUGAUAAUGUAUCUAAUCUAAAAGCGACGAAAAUUGGAUCAUGCGAUUUUCGCGACGAUCGAACGGAGUUAACUUUCAAAUCGCGAGACAUUUAGAAGCCGCUGCUGCACCUACACCAAAAGAACGUUGCAUCUGUAAUCGUGCUCGAUGUCUUUUUCCUUGUAAUAUAAGAAAAUUCUGUAAAUAACCUAGGCCCGUUCCGCGGCCGCGUAUUCUUGCCAGCCAAUCAUUCUCUCUCCUAUAGUCUGUAAUUCUAAUUAAACGUGAUUACCGAAGCAAGAUGAGAUCGCAUUGUCUAUAUUUAUAUUCUUAAUGCGAAUGGGGGAGGCUGUCGUCCCAGUCGCGAAAGAUUAUCGAGACGUACAUUUGCGAGAGUUAUAUAAAUAUAUAUUAGAUAUAUAUUAGAUAUUUAACCUAUUCUUGUACUCUAUCAUUUUUGUACAGUACUCUAUUGCACUAGAAGCUAACCAUAGUGAUUAUAGUCGGUGCUCGAGAAUCGAUCCCGGAAUCGUUAGUCCGCUCGGCAUUGCGAGGCGACGAGAUUUUAUAUUUUUAUAGUUCGCGGGUACAAAUUCGAACGGUGCGACUGGUACUAGCGAAUUAUUGUUUUACUGAUGGUUCUCUCCUUUCGAUCGUUAUUACUAUCCGAAGCUGCAGUUUUAUUUGAUCGAAUCUUGUUGUCGUUACCGAUUCUUUUAGCCACGUCUGCGUUAAAUGGAAAAUCGAAACAUCCUAUCGCGGCAUUUAUUCUCGUCAGGUUGUUCUAUCAACAUCGUCUCGUUGCGUUUCGAAGAAUGAUCGAAUGUUGCCCGCGCGAUGCUCCGCACGCGCGUGAAUGUCAUUCUGUGAUGUAUUUUUACGUUAUCCUUGACUGGACACCCGUCAUCGACUAAAUCGCAUUCUCUUGGCACAAUCUAUUAGGAGUAACGGCAAACACCAUCGCGAGAACGUACGGUUCUUCGGCUUUUUUCGACGAGUAACAGUCCGGACGACGUAGCGUCUGUCCGUCUGACAACGAAACAUUGUUCGUAACGUCUACGAAACUCGAAAAUCGGAUCACCGACACCGGGUCGAAACGGACCGCAACGAAGAAUUUGUAAAUAUACAAGUAUCGAUAAACAUGGAAACGAAAAUAAAGAAAAUCACAGUCGAAUGGUAUACCCGUUGUUGCUGGUUGAGGCUCAUGCGUAGAUGCGUAGAAAGAAAGAGGUCGAGUAUAUGAUGUAUUUUAUCGUUUUUUUUUUAAUAUCGUA